UUGAAAUGUUUUUAUUUUUGUUUCGUUGUACUGUGUAAAUUUAACAAUGUUUUUUAUUUGCUGCAAAAUGGCUGCCUCCAUGAAAAGAUUCAUGUAUUUGUAAACAUGGUCACCUAAUCAAGCCUAAUGACAUAUUAUAAGCAUUGUUUGACCCAUACUUUAAAAAUGAUUUAGAAAUUAAAGUGCAACAAUAAUCGAGUCAACAAGUUGUUUCAGAAAUUUUUUAAUAGUUUCACCCAAUCUAGGAGUACCGCUGCAACAUUACACGACUGCAGUGUACACUACACUUACACAGAUGUCGUCUGUCAAUGAGGCUCAACAGGUGAAUUGAUAACGAUAACUGAUGAAUUAAUUAACUGAAAGCUAGGAGGAGGUCAUAUUUACCAAUUAUCAACUUUACAUUACGGCUUUAGACAUCGUUGACUGUACUGGUAGGCUAGUCAACAAUGGAUCCUCAAAUUAAAUCAAAUUGUUAGACUGUUGUACUAAUUACUAAAGCUUACUAAGGGAUCAUCCAUGCCAUAAAACAUUAAAGUGUCUAUUGGUAGUUUACAUUAGUUUACUACCAAUAGCUUCUAGUUAGGGCAGGGAACUAUUUGUAGUAAACUAGCAAUAGGUUCUAGAGAGCUAUUGGUAGUCCAGCAAAUCAAACCAAAAUCAGAGCUUUAAAUUAAUUUAAAACGAAGUGUCUACACAUCCGGCGCGCCGGACAAAUAGUGCGCAAGAUAUACGUCCGGCGGCAUGUCACGCUAGUAGAUUUAUUAUUCCGAACGAAGUGCAGUUUGGUAGAUCUUGCGUGGUUUAGUGUUAGAGCGGUUGCUUAAUGACUUAAAUGUUAUUAUGAUUUGAGGAUCAAUACCGGGGCUAGGAUCAUGUUUUUUCUUCCCAUUUUAAUCAAAAAUAUUUUAUACUAUAUUUAUAUUAUCAUGUUCAUCAGCAACAGUAGUUUGAUGAGAAGUUUUUAAAUAUUUUGUAGCAAUUUAAACAAUUUAAGAUGAAAUCGUUUACUUUUAUUGGUUGCCUACUCCACACUGGCCCCUAAUUUAUUUUAUGGAUUACCGGUACACAAACUCAAAUAACAAACAAAACAAAAAUGUUUACAAGCCACUUUCACUUAAGUUUUUUUCUAUUAUUUGCGUUCAAGAUACUAAGUACAUUACUUGGUAGAGAAAUAGAUUUUAAAAUUAACAAAUUAAUAACAAUAGUUUUGAAUCAUUCGCAGUCACGUGACAAGGCUGACUGACAAGAUAUCUCUCACCACUUUGUUGCGGCGGUCAUGUGGCUUGGUCGCCGGACAAAUAGUGCAGGAGAUAUACGUCCGGCGCGCCUGACGUGUAGACACUGCCAAUUUAAAAACCCGCUAUCAAUGACGCUGGCAAAAUAUUGCCUCGCCUCGUUCAUUAUUACUAAUUCAUACUAGUGACAACACCUUGGAACUAAUUAUAAAUUCUACAGUACUGUUUUGGCUUUAUUGUUAUAUAAUUAUAAUUUAUAAUAUAGACUUAAUAUAGAUAGAUGUAUGAAUAUGAUCAUAUUCUGAAAAAAUAUUACCCAGCUUCUUCUUUGCCAAGGCCAAAGUAAUUAUUAUUAUAAGUAAAGUGGUUUUAUAUAGCGUGGGCGUGGUAUCCCAGCCUAGGCCCGGGCUCACCAAGCUGUACAUACAAUUUAACAAACAUAAUCAUGAACUUAAAAAAUUAAUUAACAUACAUUAAUGAAAUAAAACAAAACAAAUGUAUAUUUAAAACUAUUUACAUGUAUUGUAAAGCAAUGGACAACACCCAGCAGCAUCGUUUUUCGGUCAGAGGGGGGAAUCAGUCAGGAUAGUAGAGUUUAAAAAGAUUUGUUUUGAGUGCAGUUUUGAAGGCUGUGGUGUGAAAAUAAAAUCCAACAUAGGCCUAUAUACUUUAGAGUGAUUUCAUGGAUGUAAUUAAAAAUAAAUUGUGACUACCAAUAUCAUUAGACUUAGUCAACACUGCUCUAAUCAAUCUAUCACUAUCAUCAAUUGAUAGUUUUUUAUAGUAAACUACCAAUAGCCACCUAAAAGCUACUGGUAGUGGAGCACCAAUAGCUCUCUAGUUUACUACCAGUAGCCACACCCUAAAACAUCACCAAUCUAGGGGGAUGGGGGUCACAUUUUUGUGAUGAGGAGUGGGGGGGGGGGGGGCUUAAGCAAUGUAUUUAUAGUGAAAAAUUGCACUUAAUAACCCUAAAUUACAUUCAUUUGAAACGUCAUUCUUUUUAAAAAAAUUUUAUAAAUAUUUUAUUUUUAAACUACCAUCACUGAGAGAUUCAGUUCAGGCACAGGUCCGAAAAAUGGCUUUUGACAGGGGGGGGGGGAGCUUAAGCAAUGUAUUUAUAGUGAAAAAUUGCACUUAAUAACCCUAAAUUACAUUCAUUUGAAACGUCAUUCUUUUUAAAACAAUUUUAUAAAUAUUUUAUUUUUAAACUACCAUCACUGAGAGAAUCAGUUCAGGCACAGGUCCGAAAAAUGGCUUUUGACCAAGUGACAGGCUGCCAUGGAGGAGGACAAAAUGGGUGUAGUGACAUUGACAGUCAAGAGAAUUUAUAUCAAAAUGUGGCGAUAGGAGCCAUAGAAUAAGGACUACCACGUGAUGUGGGAUGGGACAAAAAAUGCUCUAGGGCAGGGAUUCUUAAGCUUUUUGCAGCAAUAAUUUCACAAAUUAAAUCAGAUGCGCAGAAACAUACAGUGGAUUACAGUGCGUGUUCACUAGGCUAAAUGUAACCGUUGGCAUAUCUUAAGAGUUACUUGUGAGAACACAAAGCAACAGUAUGAUGAUCAUUACUGAAACUUGCAAGGAAAUUUGUAUAGCCUUUAACUUUGAAAACACUGGUAAUUAGAACUAAUGGAUUUCACAGGUUUUUAGGUGACUGAUGGCUAUCUUAGGCUAUUUUAGGAUUGUCAGUCACAAUUGCAGGAUAAUUAUUGCAGAAUUUGUGCAUAAAUGUACAUAAAAAUUAUGCCAAACCCCCUCCAACCCUUGUGUGCAAAAUCAACCCCCCCACCCCCCUUUUUCCCUGACAAUGCAUUUGCAAUAUAUAGAUGUCCCCUUAGUCUAUACAUUAAAACUGGGAGAGGCAACGCAAUAGCCGAUGGCCACAGUCUAUAGCAGUCUAUGUGUAAACCAGGGUAAAAUCAUAUUUUAAUGUAGUAAAUACAAUAUGAAAGAAAUAGGAUAUUUUUCUUAAUUUUUUAUUAAUUUCUAUUUUAUUUACUUUUUAAAAUCAAUUUUUUGCAUUAUAGGGCCUAGUUAAUAUUCCAAAAUGGCAGAAUGUCUUUCUGUAUCAAAGCAACAAACAAACAUUUAAUUGUGAUUUAACAAAUAGACUAGAACUAAAAAUUAACUCCAGCCAUUUCCUGCCAUUUGCUGAGAUAUUUGUUGUGUAGGCUGUAAGGAGAGCUCUUUUAUUUAGGUUUUCUUCUUUUUAAGAUGUCGGAGAUGUGAACAUUUGGAACAGAAAUAACCCAUUGACUUAUUUAUCAACUAUUUAUUAAAAAUAAUAUAAAAAAUACAUUUAAUUAAUGACAUUAAAAUACCAGAUUGACAUGGACAAAUUUAAAAUAGCUGGAGUGGACCAUAACAGCACUAUUUAAUUAAGAUUUUAAGAUUAUCAUUGGUCCUCUCUCUCUCCCCCCCCCCUCCCUUUUCUCACAUUAACUUAAAAAUUGCUGGGUUGUAUGGUAAAGUGUGUUGACUCUUGGACUAGAUUUACAUACAUGAGCUAAAUUUUAUGUCCUUGACACAGUAUAAUUAAAUAAAGCCUAUAUUCAAUCCAGAACUAGGUACAUCAGUUUAUUCACCCAUAGAAUCUACCAAUAUUGAUUGUCAGAAGGAUAAGUAUCAGUAGGCCUAGACCAAAUAAUUUAUACAAUAAAAAAUGUCAUGCCAUAUUAAUGAAAAUUAGAUGAUUAAAUCACUUAAUAAUUAUUUUACUUAAAAGACAGUUAUUAAAAAAAAAUGAUACAGGCUUAGCUUAAAAGGAAGUAGGCCUCACAAAGGAAAUCUACCCCAAAAAAUUGAAUGCUUCCUAGUUUUGAGCUGUUCCUUUUCUCCCUUUUUGUUCUGUUUAAAUUAAUGAAGAAUGUGUGCCACUAUGUCCAUGUUAUUGUUUUGUUCUGUUUAAGGAAGAAGGUGUUGUGCCACUAUGUCCAUGUUAUUGUUUUGUUCUGUUUAAGAAAGAAGGUGUUGUGUCACUAUGUCCAUGUUAUUGUUUUGUUCUGUUUAAGAAAGAAGGUGUUGUGUCACUAUGUCCAUGUUAUUGUUUUGUUCUGUUUAAGAAAGAAGGUGUUGUGCCACUAUGUCCAUGUUAUUGUUUUUUUCUGUUUAAGAAAGAAGGUGUUGUGUCACUAUGUCCAUGUUAUUGUUUUGUUCUGUUUAAGAAAGAAGGUGUUGUGUCACUAUGUCCAUGUUAUUGUUUUGUUCUGUUUAAGUUUAAUAAGAAAAAGGUGUUGCGUCAACAUGUACAUUUUGCAGUUUUGUUCUGUUUAAGAAAGAAGGGGUUGUGCCAAUAAGUACAUUUUGCUGUUUUUUUCUGUUUAAUGGAGAAGGUGUUGGGCCAGUAGGUCCAUGUUACUGUUUUGCUAUGUAAGGAAAAUUCUGUUGUGCCAAUAUUUCCAUGUUUUUAUUUUGUUCUUUAUUUCAUGCUUUCCUAUGUCCUAUUAUUUAAUUCCCCUCUCAUCAAGAACUUGAUUUGGUAGCUAAUAGAUAUCUAUUUUAAUAUGCAUAUUUUUUUUGAAGGAAGAAUUGGAAGUAUUGAAAUCCAUCUAUGAUGGAGAUGUUGCCUUCAAACAGAUUAGUGACACAACCUUUCAAUACAAGGUACAACAUCUCCUGCUUACUUAAAAUACUUCUUUGUUCAAUGCUAGCAAAUGAUAAAUUAUUUAGUAAUUCUUUUUGGUGUUUUUUAAUGACUUAAAAUUAAAACUUAAAGUAACAGUUUCAAGUUUGAAAUAAAGUAUAUAAAUGAAUGUUACUGAUAACAUUAAAUAUUUUAUUCAUUUGUAUUUAAAAUACUUAGAUGUGUCAAUAGUAAACCCUUCACUACUGCAUUAUAGUAUUGAAAGGGUUCAUAAAAAUUUUAUGGUCAAAAUAUGAUUGUUUUGAAAAUUUUGUGAAAAUUUGUUUUUUGUUGUUGAUGCAGUUUGGUGAAGAUGGCAGCUACAAGUCAUUCAUUGCUGAAAUUUCAUGGCAUGAUAACUAUCCAGAAGAUGUGCCUAAUAUUAAUAUGGAGCUCUUCUAUAACAAGCAUGUGUAAGGCCUGUUGUUAAGUAAUUUAACAAAAAUAAUGUUUAAAGUACACCUAAAUGAAAAGAUAUUAGUUUCUAAAAUUGCUUGCUGCAAAUUUAAAAAAAAAAUUAUUUAAAUUGAAGUAGAAUUCGAAGUCUUAUCUUUUGAUUUUCUUUGGGAUGUAAAGGCCUUAUGAGUCAAAGUGAAUUGGUCAUUUUUCCAAAGAGUAUUUUUUUUGAAAAUGCCGCCAUGAAGCGUCAUUUCAUGUUAUAUAUGUUGCCUAAAGAGAGAAUGUUAAAAAUUAUUAUACAUCAUAUUAAAUGUAACAAAGCGUUGAGAUUGCAGUAUAUUCUGAGUAGACUUAGCUACAGUUGAGAUACAAAAGAUGAUGUUUGAUCAGUCCAACAGAAGACUUACUCUUUACUAUAUUAUUUCCAAACAAGAUGUUGUGUUUAUCAGUCCAAUAGACUAACUCUCUACUAUAUUACUUCCACACAAGAUAAUGUUUGAUCAGUCCAAAAGACUUAUUCUCAAAUAUAUUAUUUCCAGUAAUUCAUUGUUUUCUCUAAUUUGAUAGAGCAUCGUCUGUUAAAGAAUCUGUAAAGGCAGGAAUUCUUCAACAGGUAUGGAUUUAAUAAUAGUACCUGUACCUAUGCACUCAUUUUAGCAGUAUUAUAUACAAUCUCUGAUGGUAACUCAUCUAUUAAUCUCAUUAAUCAUAAAGUCAAUUUUUAUUAAAAUUUGAUAAAAUUUAAAUUCCUAUCUUUAUGCUGUUAGUGUGUCAGUCGAUACAUUAAAGUACAUAUGUUUUUUUAUUGUAACAUAUUUUUUCAGGCACAAGAUCUAUUAGGUAUGUCUAUGACAUUUUCCUUGUUUGAGUGGGUCAAGGACAACUUAGAAACCCUUCUGGAAGAUCAACCAAACGCUCCCCCUUCUAUCACAGUGAGUAGUAAAUUUACUCAAAAAAAUAAUUUGAUAUUCUUAAUAGUGACAAUAAAAUUGCUAAUAUUUUUUGUAAAAUCAAUUUAAUCUAUUCUUACCAAGUCAAGUGAGAUUUUAAUAAUUUUUUUAUUGCACACAGUUGUUAAUAAGAUUUGGUUAUUAAUUUUACUGAUUUUUAUUUCUUUUGAAUUGUAUACAACAAUGUGUUAAAUUUUAUAUGCUUUGAAUCAUAUAUAAAAAUGUGUUUAAAUUAUAGGCUUGGAAUCAUAUACAACAAUGUUUUAAAUUAUAUGAUUGGAAUCAUAUACAACAAUGUUUUAAAUUCCAUGCUUGGAGUCGUAUACAACAAUGUGAUAAAUUAUAGGCUUGGUAUCAUACACAACAAUGUGUUAAAUUAUAGGCUUGGAAUCAUAUACAACAAUGUGUAAAUUAUAGGCUUGACAAAUCAUUAUUUUUUUCUUAUUUGUGUCUUAUAAAUAACAGCCAAACUGAAUUCAUUGACUCAAUCAUAAAUUAAGUUACUUAUCAUUUGAUUGGUUUUAUAACUCAUUAUCUCCAACAUCAUCUCACUGCAGACAUUACAACCUCAAGUGGAUGAUGGUGAUGACGACAGCCCCAUGAAGAAGGACAAGAAGGAGCAGCUGACAAAGUCACAAAAGAGGAGGCUGUUUGAUCGUUUUGGUGCCACCACUGACCGCCCACGUGGCUGGGACUGGGUGGACAUCAUAAAACACUUAUCACAGACUGGUGGCAAACCUGAAUCCUAGAUUCUCUGUGUUAGUUGAGAGUGAAUGGAAUAUGCCUGUGAUUCAUAGCUUGGGAAGAUGUUGUGUUUUUUGUGGGUUUUUUCUGCCCUGGGCAAUAAAAUGCCUAAUAAAAUAUAUGCAUUGUCUAAAUGUCUUGAAUAAUUAUUUGAUAUAAUUUUUGUUGAUAUAUAUAAAAUAAAUGGG